GCGCCCAAAAACUCCAAAAGCAACUCAGCCCAAACCGAAAUAAGGACAGCCAUGUACUGUUUUCUGUCCCUGUAGUGACUAACGUACAUGGAAUAUACCAACGCAUGCCUUUUAAAAUACAACUAUCGUUAACAAUACUGAAAUUCAAGAACAUUUAACUCUUUCAAGUCAGUUGCCAUGGAGGAGGUUCUGCGGCUCGUGUCGUCGGGCGACUGUAUUAAGAUAUGGGACUCGAACUCCAUGAAAGUGUUGGACCAGUUCAGUCCACACAGCAGCACGCAUCCGGUGUCCCAGGUUUGCUGGAACAGCAACAAUCAGUACGUUGUCAGUGCCAGCAGUGUCGGAGACAAGAUAGUCGUGUCAAGCCUCAAGUCCUCCCCCAUUCCAGUGAUGGAGCUUGCUGAAGGGAAAAAGCAGACUCGCGUCUGCAUCAACUCCACAACUCAGUACUUGGUGAGCAGUGGUCUGGACGGCAUUGUCAACAUUUGGGACUUGAAGUCAAAGAAACUUUACCGCAACAUUAAGGAUCACAAACAGGAAGUGACGUGUGUGUCUUACAACGUCAAUGACAGCUACAUUGUCUCUGGCUCUAUCAGUGGUGAGCUCAUUCUGCACAAUGUCUCCAAAAGCCUCUCCAGCAAGCCUUUCGGUCAUGGGGCCAGUCAGCCUAUCCGCGACGUGAGGUAUUCUUUGGUGAAGCGUUCCAUGCUUGGCAGCAUAUCAGACGUUGGCACGGUGGCGCUGUGGGAUGCCCCCACGCAGAAAGAGGUGCACACAUUCGACCCGGCCCACAAAGGUCCUACCUCUGCCCUGGCUUUCUCCCCAGCCAAUGACCUUCUGUUUGUAUCAGUGGGACUGGACAAGAAGAUCAUCUGUUAUGACACCAGCAGUAAGAUUAUUGUGCGCAACGUUAAGGCGGACUCUCCCCUCACUGCCAUUGAGUUCUUUCCAGAUGGAGCCACUUUGGUGAUCGGCUCCACUCAGGGCCAAAUAUACCAGUACGACCUCCGCAACCUUAGUGCUCCGGUGAAGACUGUUGCUGCACACAAGACUUCUGUCACCUGCCUACGCUUCCAGAACACCCAGAGCAGAGUCAAGUCUAGUAAAGUGGUAUCGGGCAAGUCCUCAGUUUCCCAUUCAAAGAGAACCUCAGGGAAACCAAGCACUACACAGUCAUGGACCUUGACCCCGACCCCCGCAGCCCAGCCCAGCCCCCAGCCUACCCCAGAGCCCUACCCCGAGAGAGGAGACGGCCAGGCCCACAGCACAGGGAUAGGCCUGGAUGGGUUCUCACGAGAAGCUGAUGGCCAGCACAGCACAGACGCUCUGUUCAGCAUGGACAAGGUGGCCCGUGUGGGUCGGGCCAGUUUGGACAUUUUCUCUCCGAUCAGAGAGGGCACCAACACAGAGAUGCGGGGAGGACGCAACAGCUUGGACAUUUUUUCUCCUGUCUGUGAUGAUCAUAAAUUCCACCGAUCUGCCUCAGAUUCAAGUGGAAAGAGAGGAGGAGAUCUUGAUUUGGCGCCUCCAUUCUCUGGCAUAUCAGCGCAGCUCAAGACCCCUCUGGGCACAUCCGGGGGACGCUGCUACAGUCCCCUUUCUGUGUUCCAGACACCACCUCCCAUCAAAGAGGAGGAGGCCCAGACAGAGACACAAGAGGGCAAAACGCAGUCUGAGAAGGAUGGAAGUUCAAGCCAGGAGUCUGACACCCUGAACACACCCCCGGCACUGCAGAACCUGCGGAUGCAAUCAUCUAUCCCACCUUACCUCACUCCAGAGAUCUCUCUAAGAAGAGCCAAUGACGUCUCAGCCCAUCUGACCUACAAUUCGCCAUUUAAUGGAGCACGUCCUACACUUGCUACAGCAGGACCAGGUGUGUCCGAAUCAGUGGCGGCUUCACUGUCAGACCGGAUAGCAGAGACCGUCGGAGCAGAGGGAACAGGAGCUCCACUCACCAACCAACAGAUCGUCUUCAUCCGCAACAUGAUUCAGGAGACGCUGGAGGACCUCAGAGAUUCUUGCCACAGAGACAUUGUGAACCUGCAGGUGGAAAUGGUACGGCAGUUCUGCAUCCAGUUGAAUGAGUUCCAUGAGGUGGUGGAGAAGUACUCCGUGAACAGCUCCCUCGUUGCGGAGAUUGAGAAGUUAAAGGAGGAGAACAAACGCCUCAGAACCAACUAUUGACUGACUUCCUGCAGGUCUUGGAUACCCUCACUGAAAUCUCCAUGCAAUGUCAUCUCGAGGAUGUCUUCCAUGAAGCAGAGACAGACAAGGGCAGAGAAUGGAAAGUCUACUAGAUUUCCUACAGUCUCUAGCACUUAGUACUAAAAAAGAACAUAUUUUAAAGCAGAUAUGGGGACAGUUACUGGGUGUAUUUUGAAGGUGAUGACCAGAUUGAUACAAUUUGUAGUUUUUGGUGGUUAUGGAGGAUAUUCUUUAAAUACAACCAGCUGAGGCUACCAUUUUCUACCACACAUUACAAACCUACACAUUUUUGUAGUUGGGCACACAAAUGAACUGCUUAUCUUCAAAGUGCCUUUAUUGAAUGAAGAGUGAUUGCAUCUCUUACUCCAUUACAGUGAAUCAUAUGAAUACUACAAGAAACCACAAGAACUUGGCCACAAGAAAGCCAACAUGCAUUUAAUCAUGGUAAAGGGCUGUUUACAGUGGUGAACGUUUUUUAAAGCCUUAAAAUAAGCCUUGAAGUACUGAGAUAUCAACCCCAUAGCCUGUCAACCUGCUAAAUGCAGAGCAGUAGUGUGUCAUAAAUAAAUUAUUGUUAGUGUAUUUUUCCAAAGUAAUACAAAUGUAUGAGAAUUGAUGUUUGAUAUCCAUGAAAACAGAACCUCAGUGUCAGUGACAACAUAAAAUGCUUCUAUGAAGUCCACAUUAGAUUAUUGCCUUCAUGGAAAAUAUCACAACCUACCACUUAAUGUUUUCUUUGAACUUGAAAAAAUAUCAUCCAAAAUAAAAGCUGUUGUACUGUUGAAAUAAAUAUAUCCUGGUAUUGAA